UAGUGGAGAUUAAGACUUGGGGAUCUCACAACGAGUGGAAGAGGGAGUCUUCUCAUUCUCGAGACUCGAAAGGCAUCGACCGGGUUAAUACAGUUCUCACAUUCUUCUGUCAACGGGAAAUUCUGUCAAAGAAUGUGUGGAGAAGACAGAACUGGAGAUUUGACUGCAAGUUUGAUCGUCAGCUGUAACCGUGAAUAAAACUUUUAUUAGAGAGUUGUUGGCUUGCAUCCAUGGAGCGAGGAGAAGCGCUCCAUGGAUGCGCUUCUCUUCGAAGCUCGUCCACGCCCUGUGUGUGUCCAUAGCCAUGUCGGCAAGGCGAGUAAGUGAGUUGAGAGAAUAUCCUAGAUUCUAGCUCUGGAGAAAGCUUUGGGUGCGAUCUUCGUCUCCGGUUCGGACCGAUUGGGGUUUCGACCCUCGUUUCACUCCCACCUUCAUCAUGGGUGCACGAAUGUCUUGUUUUCAAGGGGAGAAUGGCAAGGACUACCUCAGAUUGGGCACCGUCGUCCCCAACGACGACCACGUGAGGAAGGCUGUACAAUCACAAGCGUUCGUAAUGUACGAUUUGGAAUCGACGAGAUUGGUGGAAGAUCACGCAGCAGUCAGAAGAGCCCUGUCGUACGUGCCGGGCUGGGUGGAACAAACUCCGCUCGACGGGUUUCUCGAGUACUGGUUCUUCAUCAGCAACGACGACCAAAGGAAAUACACUGUAGCCAAAGCUCGACUUCCAUGGCCGGUCUUUCACGCCACAUCUGCCGAGACGCUCCAAGCGUUCGUGCAUGUGGUCAAUCGGGUGGCGCAUCGUAGAAUCGUCACAACAAUGACACCCGCAGAGAUUCACGGCAUCAGGCGAAAGAAGCAAAGAUUAUUCAGAAAAUCGAAGAGGUGAGAUGGAGUGGAGUGCCUUCCACCAUCUUCGUAGGCUUCUGAAUUCCAAGUCGAAAUUCACGAAGUCGAGCAGCAAAUUGAAAUCGGAAAAAGCUACGGUCGUCCACAUCAACGUGUGUAGUAAUCAAGACGAGAGAAUUCAGCUCAUACUGCAAGUGGCUACUCGAUCGAGAUAACUUCACUGUAUGAGCUACAGGAGCUGAGAAGCGUGGUCAGGAGCUAACCAGAUGCAAUCGUGUAUAACCCACCAAAGGCUAAAACUGCAGUAUGGUGGUAAAAAGAUCGAACUCACAGGGACAGAGGCAACACGCAGAGUAAAAGUGUCACGUUUAACAUACUUUUGUAGAGUUUGAAUUCUAGGCGAUUGUCACUCCCAGAAAUACUGCAGUGCUCGACUCAUAGGCUCGACUCGGAGGAGUAUCUCGACUCGGAGGAUGCUCGGAGGAUGCACAGUACAGCGUAGUCACUCAACACACACACACACACCCGAAACUGGCAAAAGCACAACUCGGAGGUCGGUCAGGACCUCCGCUUCGGAUUUCAGGAGGAAAGUGGCUCAAAAGUUCACUUAGAGGUUCUGCAGGUAGUGACUCCCACUCCGGCUUUUACUGCCCUUCCGCCAGGAACUAGCGUAGGGUACCCGGACUGGACUUCCCACUUCGGAACGAAGCCUCUUCAUACGCCGUGGACGUCACCCUCGACUCA